GUAUCAUCCGUACAUAAAAAUCAUGCAUAUUAACUCAUUAUGUUGUCAUUAUAGUAAUCAUACAGUUUUCUUUCUUUCCAAAUCCUCUCUUCUGCUGUGUGGAUUACUUUUGUAAAGCCCUUGAUUACCUUUGGAACGCGGGGAACUUUUGGUAUCGAGUGACUUUUGUUGUGCAGAUCUGGGAGACAUUAGGACAGCUCGAAUUGAGACUUUGAGAGAGGAUACACAUAAUGGCUGCGCCGGUGGAUCCAGCGACGAGAAAAAAGGUGUUGAAAGUGGUUUUCUUUUCGCUGUUGUUAGAUUUGGUAUGUCUCAUAUUAGCAGAUUCAACUGAACAGGAUAGCAAAUAUAGCUAACCCAUUACUUCCAGAUCUCGUAUGAUAUACUUUCCAAAUGAAACAAGCCGGCAGAAUGAUAGCAAACUGACGCGCUAUUUUGGCAGAUUCACAUUCAUAUUGCCUCUAUUUCCAAAGCUACUAGAGUUCUAUAGGAAGUGGGUUUAGUCGUUUUCUUUAACUAUGCGGAUAGAUGGGCUAAUAGGAAAGCAGUCUCGAGGCGCCAACAGCCUUUUCUUCUUCAUCCGAGUCGCCUACACUUCUCGCACAUAUCUUGACAUAUUUGAAUACAUACAAAGCGUCAUUUGCUAGACCGAUCGAGUCUCGAUAUGACAUCGUAUUGUUGGGCGGGGCUCUGGGGAGUUUAUUCUCGUAUGCAGCUAUAAACCCGUUGUUCUUUUCGACCCGGCUUUGCUAAUGGCAUUCAUCGCAGUCUUCUCCAAGCUCUCGCAUCCCCCAUCAUCGGAACCCUCUCGGAUAAAUAUGGUCGUCGAACGGCUCUCCUCGCCAGUAUGACUGGCAAUAUACUCAGCGUUCUUCUCUGGGUUUGCGCCACUGAUUUCCGUACCUUCCUCCUUUCGCGCGUAGUCGGUGGACUUUCAGAAGGCAAUGUUCAACUGGCAAUUGCAAUUGCUACAGAUAUAUCAGACGAGAAACAACGCGGUGCAACAAUGGCAUUGGUGGGAAUCUGCUUCAGCAUAAGCUUUACAUUUGGGCCUGCAUUGGGUGCUUGGCUCAGUACGAUUAGUACUGUGCAGGCCAAUCCUUUUGCUACUGCUGCUGGAUUCUCCUUGUUUUUGAUUGUGACGGAAACACUUUAUUUGUAUUUGUGUUUGCCAGAGACACUGCCCAGUAAAGUUGCUCAGGCUAAGUUAAAUGGAGAGCCAACUGCUACGAAUGGGAUUACGAAGGCAGCUGGCUCUUCGAGCGAGAAAACGCAAGCUAAAAUGGUAUCGACAAGUACUCCUGGGGUGAAAAAGCAGGGAAGAACAAACUCCCACUUCCUACUCAACCUCACCCAUCUUUCAUUCAUUCUGUUCUUCUCAGGCAUGGAAUUCUCACUUCCUUUUAUGACAUAUGAUCUUUUUGGUUAUACAUCUGCACUCAAUGGUCGUCUUUUAGGAUAUAUGGGUCUUGUAGCCUCUAUUCUUCAAGGCGGCGUGACUCGACGACUUCCACCGCUCCUUUCCGUUCGCAUCGGUGUGGUAUCAUGUCUAGGAGCUCUAUUCCUCCUCGCCCGCAUCAACACCGUCUCUGGUCUCUACCUUGCUACUACUCUCCUUGCCGUCACAACCGCAACAGUUGUCACGGGCCUAAAUGCACUCAGCUCUUUUGAAGCAGGCGAGGAUGAAAGGGGCGGAAAGCUUGGAAAUCUGCGAAGUUGGGGGCAGCUCGGAAGAGGUCUAGGACCGUUAUUAUUCACGAGUGUUUAUUGGUGGGCGGGCAGAGAAAUGGCCUACAGUAUUGGCGGACUGGGGCUUAUGGGGGUGGCGCUUUUGGUUACUUUUGGCUUGGAAACACCUGGAGGAACGAAAGGAGAGAAGAUUGGUGAUGUUACAACUGAGGUUCAGGAUUUGUAGAUGAGGGUACAGGCUCCAGUUUGUUAGUACAACCUCUACAUUCGACACUUUCAUUGUCCUACUCGUUGGAGAUGCAAUCAGUGAGGUCAUUAUGUUUGUCUCCCCUGGAGCUUUUAUAACCCAAGGUCGACUCCAUGCCGUUAUGAAUCAUCAAGUUUGGCCAGACAAUUACCGGUUUGGAUAGAUGAAAGCGAAUGGAAGCGAAUGAUAGUAAAAACUAGGUGUAAAUACUAGUGCAUUACAUCUACUCAGUACAUGGAACUGAUUGAAAUGGAAAGGAAGAAGUGGGAAGAAGGGAAAGGAACGCUUGCG